AUGAACACAAAUGGAGUGGACACAGAUGAGGCCUGGUUUAAUUCUGCUCGGGAUGGAAAUGUCCAGAUGCUAAAAUAUAUGGGUAGUAAGCUUCGUACACGUGACGAUGAGGGUCGUACUGCGCUGAUGCUUUAUGUGGGAAAUGGGUACAGCAGGGAUCUAUCUUUCUUUGCACCAGAGGUCGGCCUAGUUGAUAACCAAGGGUUUCCUGCACUAAAGUAUGCCGUGGACUCCAGAAAUACCACUGCCAUAUCAUAUUUGAAGGAUGAACUUGAUAUAUCUAUCUCCUGUGGCAAGACCCUGGUCACAUGCGAGACAUAUUUGCGCCAGCACUUUACUGGCAAGCCUUCACCACAUGAACGAAAACGUGGGCAAGAAGUCUCUCUAAUGUCAGAGUCUGCAUUGGAGUUGACGCGGAGGAGCGUUGCUGGACACACAGACGGGUCUCCAACUAGAUCGAGGACUCCUCAAAUUUCCCCAGAAGCUGUCGAGCUAGAUGUUCUACAGACCGCCGAGCCCACCAACCCCAGACUAGCGUUCUAUGUCCAGCUAGCACGGCAAAGGACAGACAUUGUCAACGCUAUACUGCUCAACAAACCUUUCUACGACGCAUUGGAGGACUUUUUACCCAAACAGUUAGAGAGUAUACUUGCAACCCGCUCAGAUCCAAGGUCCAAAAUGGGCCUAAGUCCUAUUCAACGCUUUAAGCAAACCUAUCUUUCGCUUUAUGAGCGAUAUGUCGCCUUGCAAAGCACGGUGCCACCAGAUCUUUAUGCCCAGUUCACUAACUCUUUCAAACCCCGUAUCCUUACCAACUACAACCUAUUCAUUGCCAUCUUUGAGAGCCGGUCCCUAGCUACGGUAGGUAUCAAUUCCCCAUAUCGCGCUGCCCCGCUUACUCCUGCUUGGCUGGCUCCCUUGCACUCUCAAAAGGACUGUCUACAUUUCGAUGCCCCUGGUGUGACACCCCUCACUGCAUAUCCUGCUCUCUCGGGGACAGGAGCAUGUCACAAUGCAAGCACCUGUCCUCCUCAAGAAGCCAAGGACAGUGUGCUGACUGGAGCGCUCAUUGAAAGAGUAUUGCCAGAACUCGGGAAUCAACUUCUAGGAGAGCUCCUGGAUUGCUUGAACAGUACAUUUACAAAGGGCCUUGCAUUCGUAAGAGACGACUCCGUCUUUAUUCAACAACUAUCCAAGAUGAGAAUGAUAGACUCAUCGGGGUCACAAGACUCGCUGGAGCUGCGAGUGUGUCAACAGAAACUGCGUUUUUAUAAGACCCUCUACUCCAAGCUUACAACCAUGUACUCUGCAAUACUGGGACACCCCGUCUUACCGCUAUUCAUUGUUAAUUGCAGCGUUCUGCACUCUUCCGUGGAUCGGCUGUCUUGUGCACCAGCAGUGAAAGAAUUUCUAAGAAACCUUACUAAUAGGAUAUCAUCUAUGCUGCAGAGCAGCGGUGUAUAUGCAUCUCAAACAGAGGCGUAUGACGAACCCUUGGUGGAUCCGCUCUACAGACCAAAAAUGGAUGCCUUGGCAACCCAAAUCAAGAGGGAAGAGAUGCGGGUGUCUAAACUUAUAGACAUUCUCAUAAAUUUAGAAUCUUUAAUAUCCGAGCACGUACACCUGCAGUCCUUUAUGGAGAAAUUAAGGGGGCAGGACGGUUGGGCCAACGAUGCCAGCAGAGAGAUGUAUGAGUCUAUUGAUGCGAGAUCUCAGGAGUUGCGAGCGAUAAUAAGCACAUUCUGGUAUGCAAAGACCCUUAGCUAA